GCAGCCAGCUUGCUUGGACUCGAAUGGAUCACGGGAUACCCUAAGUGAAGAAGAAUAAACUGGACCUGUCCUUCCAACCAGGCUAAAAGAAUGCUGCACUUGUCGGCUGCGUACAAAGGAGUCUUCGAAUCCAAAGAGAAGUUGCACAGAUAAAUCUGACCUUUGGAGGAUGCAGCCCCCACAUUUGAACAUAGCCUCUGUGUCUUUCAAACCUGCCACACCGAAGAGGAGCCAUCAUGGAAGGUCACAUGCAAAGACCAGAAUCUGCAGACUGAUCAAGGCUAAGUGGAGACGUGGCUAGCUUCAGAACCAGAUCUGUGCAAAACAGACCUUUUAUAUAAUUUCUCUGAGUUACAGGGAACUUUCAGUUGCUGAAGAGACUGAAGGAGUGGAGCACUUGAGAAGAAAAAGCUCCCCUGGAAAGUUUCCCUUCUUGCAAUCGCUUGGUGUUGUCUCUACCGAGGGAGGACAGGUAGAGGGAAAAAAUGUUUACCUUGGGUACAAGCGCUACAUGGACAUUUUCAAAGGCAUUCCCUUUGCUGGGGUUCCUGGAAGGUUUGAGAAGCCAACGCGUCACCAAGGCUGGGAUGGUAUUCUGAAGGCCACUAGCUACAAGGAGAGAUGCCUUCAGCUGACUAUUCUAAUGAAUGAUGUCUAUGGCAGUGAGGAUUGUCUCUACCUGAAUAUCUGGGUUCCUCACAUCAAAUCGGUGGCCUCCGAUCUCCCUGUUAUGGUCUGGAUCUUUGGUGGAGGUUUCCUGGUUGGCGGCUCAAUGGGCGCUAACUUCCUAGAUAACUAUCUGUACAGCGGACAGGAAAUCGCAGACAGAGGAAAUGUUAUUGUUGUGACACUAGGAUACCGUGUGGGAGCUCUUGGCUUCCUGAGCACCGGUGACUCUUCUAUGCCAGGAAAUUAUGGUCUGUGGGACCAGCAGGCCGCCAUCGCAUGGGUGCACAGAAACAUCAAAUCAUUUGGAGGAGACCCCAACAAAAUCACCAUCUUUGGAGAGUCUGCUGGAGGAGCCAGUGUUAGCUUUCAGACCCUCACUCCGCACAACAAGGGGCUCAUAAGGAGAGCCAUCUCUCAGAGCGGUGUUGCUCUUUGCCCUUGGGCUGUUAACAGAAACCCUCGCAAGUUUACGGAAGAGAUUGCUCUGAAAGUCAACUGUCCCACCGAUCAUAACAUGGCCAAGUGUCUUAAGAUGACCGAUCCCAAGACUCUGACUUUGGCGGCAACUAUCAAUUUGUCCGGUUCUCCUGACGCCCCUAUUGUGUACAACCUGGCUCUGUCUCCUGUGAUUGAUGGCGACUUCCUGCCAGAUGACCCGUCCAAUCUGUUCCACAAUGCUGCCGACAUUGACUACAUGGCUGGAGCUAAUGACAUGGAUGGACACAUCUUCACAGGCUUAGAUGUUCCAUCAGUCAACUCGGGCCUCUUAGACACCACUGUUGAUGAGGUGAAGAGGCUCUUGCGCUCCUUUACCAAGGAGAAAGGAACGCUUGGUUCGGACAAUGCCUUUGCCACAUACAGCUCAGAGUGGGGAAGUAAUCCAAGCGGGAAAGAUAUCAAAAAAACUGUUGUGGCCAUCGAAACAGACUACAUCUUCUUGAUUCCAACUCAGGCAGCUCUUUAUCUUCAUGCCUCCAAUGCUGGAACUGGUCGCACCUAUUCGUACCUGUUCUCCGAACCCAACCGUCUGGGAGGCCUCCUCACACCCUUCCCCAGCUGGCUUGGAGCUGACCACGCUGAUGACUUGCAGUAUGUCUUCGGAAAGCCAUUCUCCACCCCACUGGGAUACUGGCCUCGCCACCGUGACGUUUCUGGAUACAUGAUCGCCUACUGGACCAACUUUGCCAAGACGGGAGACCCUAACACAGGAGAUCUGAGUGUUCCUGCUUCAUGGCCAGCAUUCACGUCCACUGGACACAAGUUUGUAGAAAUCAAUGGAGACAUGGACAGCAGCUACGUAAAAGAGAAGCUUAGGAUGCGUUAUGUGAAUUUCUGGACCAGCGUCUUGCCCAACCUUCCUACAAUCUACUCAGAUUAAAGAUCUUGUGUUUGUUAUAAAUCCAAUUGUCAAC